AUGAGUGAAUAGUAAACUCAAAAUAGCAUUUACCCAUUUUAUUAAUUUUGUUUGGAAGGACCAUCACAAAACUUUUUGAAGUGUACUAAUUGUAUUAUCUUGGGUGUUACUAUUCUUACAUUACUUUCUAUUCUGAUUCUACAAUUGCAAAGGAGAUACAAGGUAGGAACUAAGAAAUUAUCAAAAAAGUGCAUCAUUUUGUACAUGAUUACGACGAACUUUCUAAGUAAUCAUGACAACCUAUUCAAGUAUUAUUUGUAGAAUCCUCCAUCAUAAGCAACAAAUACUUGACCCAAUCAGAACCUUACUUCAGAACUACGGUGUUCAUCUUCUUUUACUAUUAUAUUAGUCUUAAAUUAAGUAAACUUUUAACAAACAGGAAAAGAGCAUAGACAAAAUUCAGAAGCCUUGCUAUGUUCUUAUUUGCCCUUGUGCUAAUUGGCUUAGUAUUUGUAUUUGUAGAAUUGAUUAAAGAAGACCAGGUUUUCUAUGAGUGCUAUUGUAAGAUAUGACUAAUUCUAGUUAAAUAUAGUUUGGUUUCUAAAAUAUUGGGAGGGUGCACUACUAUAAUUUUGAUUGUCUUUAGUGCAAAGCUAUAAAAAAAAGUGGAUGAAAAAGUCAAACCACUUUACAAAGAUCUACCGCUGUUACAGAUGAAGACAUUUUAAAAUAAUGAAACGCAAAGGGAAGACUUGAGAAUGAUAAUUGUAAUGUGCAGUGCUUCUUAAUUUUUAACAAUAUUCUAAAUGAUUUACUUUUAUAUAAAGGAACAAAUCAACGUAGAAUUACAAUUUCCUAAUUGCACUCCAUGUUAGAUGAUCCCAUGUCUACAGAUGUCACAAAAUAAUACGAUUGCCUUUGAGCUCUUCUUGAGAUUGUCAUUUUUCACAAUCAUCAUCAUUUUACCAUAUAUUGCACUCCUCUCCUUCUUCUGGGUCAAUUCGACUUAAUUGCAUAAUGACUAUGUAUUAGAUUUAUAUUUAAAGUCUAUUUAGCAAAGAACAAUAUCCAAUGAGGAGGACAUUUGGAUUAAUUUCUUUAAGAAAAUGGGAUAUGAAAAAUCCAAGAUGGAUUUAUCAGAAAUAACAGAGUAAUAAGAAAUAUCUUCAUCAUCAGAUCUGUCUAAAUGA